CCACUUUUCGUGUUUCUCCUUUUCGCAUCUCGACAUUGCUGUCGAGUUGAGCUGUCUUUUCUUCCAAUUCUGUAUUGUUCAUGUUCUACCAAUGUCGUUGUCUUCUAUUCCAAACACUGGUGUUGCCAUCACCAAUCCUCUCGUCCUGUACCGUGCCCUAGUCGCGACCAACCGCAUAACUCAAGAUCCUGCUCAACAUCGACUUGCAAUCCAUUUGCAAAAACUGUACGAUCGGUUGAAAGAUUAUGAACCCACAAUCGAGUACAAGCACAAACUUGAUCAGAUAACACGGGCCGUCGGUCCUUCGACAAACACCAAUGUAGAGGCAGAUGGUUCUAAGCGAGGAGUAUGGCAAAGUCUCCUCGCUCAAAGAGAGAAGCGGGACAGUCUGGCUCUGACCAGAGUCCUUACCAGCCAUGAAGCCGCCAUGAACCUCGACUCACCUCGAGGGCUAAUGCUUCAUGGUGAAGUAGGCACUGGCAAGAGUAUGCUUAUUGAUCUUUUCGCCGACUGCUUGCCAAACCGGAAGAAGGCCCGAUGGCACUUUAACACUUUCAUGCUCGAUACUUUCGCCAAACUUGAGCAAUUAAGACGGGAUCGUCUGUCGAGGCUACCUCCUCACAUUGCCAACGCGGAUGUGGAAGAGCACUCACUACUAUGGCUUGCUCGUGAUAUGAUCAACAACUCUCCAAUCCUCUUCCUGGACGAAUUUCAACUACCCGAUAGAGCGGCCUCGAAGAUUAUGACCAACCUGAUGACCUCCUUCUUCCAGCUUGGUGGCGUGCUCAUUGCAACUAGUAAUCGCAUGCCCGAGGAGUUGCACAAAGCUGCUGGUAUGGCUUUCCCACCUCCUUCACGACUGCAGUCAAUCACCCAAAGACUGGGUAUGGGACGAGCUAGCAAAGGUAGAAGCAAGAACAUGUUUGCGGGACAAGGCGAAUUCGCUGGCUUCCUCGAGGUUCUCAAGGCUCGGUGUGAAAUCUGGGAGAUGAGCAGCGGAAAAGACUACCGCAGAUAUGAAGCUAGCUCACAGGCACCACCUCCAAUUGCUGAAGAAGAUAGAUUCAUGGAUGUCACAGACACAGAAGCUUUUGAGAGUGACACUGCUGUCUCUGAUGCUCCAGUCGUAAGUGCUGAGGAGGCCUUGGAAACACCGAAUGAUGCUGUAAAGGCACCCACGUACUUCCUGAUCAACCCCGGACCCACGGCUUCGCAAGAAGAACAAGCAGACUUCCUGAGUCAGGUCUCAGAAGCAGAGAAAGAAUUACUUGGUGCUGAUGCCUCGACUCUCGAAUGGUCACCCUCAAGCAUCCGUGUCUACGGUCGCACCGUCCCCAUCCCUCGAACAUCCAACGGCAUAACUUCCUGGACCUUCGCCGAACUCUGUGCUUCCAACCUCGGACCCGCCGACUACAUAUCCCUCGCCUCAACCUUCCACACGAUAAUCCUCCGCGACGUACCAACCCUAUCUCUGCUCCAAAAGAACGAAGCCCGUCGCUUCAUCACCCUCCUCGACGCCCUCUACGAAGCCCGCUGCAAACUCCUCAUCACCGCCUCCGCCGGCCCCGAUGACCUCUUCUUCCCCGAAAGAGCCUCAGGCGCAGAGGGUGUAAACCAAGAUGCCGUAUACGCCGAAACCUUCGCCGAAGCCUACCAAGACGCCACCGCACCUUUCCGCCCCAACAUCUCCUCUUCCACCCCAGACUACCAGGAACCAGACUACACACACUCACGCCUGCAAGGUAUGCUCGCCGCAGAUUCCCUAGAAGACGACCCACCGAACCGUAUUCGAAGACUCUCCGAACGCGAACGUGGUCCCAUAGAUCCAGACGACGACAUGCGGAUGCGAGGAUUGCGACAAGGAAACUCCGGCCCCGACUUCAGCAACACUAGAUCUUUCACCGGCGAAGACGAACGUUUCGCUUACCGUCGCGCUCAAUCCCGUCUUUGGGAAAUGUGUGGUCGGAAAUGGUGGGCCAGAAAUGAGGACGGUUGGCAUAAACCCCUCCCCUCUUCCAUCCGCUCUUGGGAAGUUUCAAAACCAUUGCCUGUCAUGGGGGCGGCUGCGACUGCUGUAUUUUCCGAGGGAGUAGGAGAUGCUAGAAUGGGAGCGAGUAGAGGUGUGGAUGAGGUCAACGAUGAAGUCAUGUUCCGCCACGGCGCCAGUCCCUUCAGAAGGAGUGAAGAGCCACCGCCAAAGUUUUCCUGGACGCAUAUCUGGGGCACCAUGAAGUGGGGCAAAAAAGCCGGUGCUUGGGGCCAAGGUGUCGAAGGGUUAAAGGAUAGGAAGAAGGAAGGAAAGUAA